GACAAUUCAAAAGUGAAAAUGGAUCCAGGAAAUAGAUCAGAUAGAAGUAAAAGCGAGGAUGACAAACCAUACAAGUAAUGCAAGUGAAAUCCUUCUGGAUACAUCUCAUUGCCCUGGAGUGAGAUGUGAGCUGGGAAAAUCUGUCUUCGUAUUCAAGCACAGCAUGGAUUACAAAGGGCCAAGUAAGAAAAUCCUUGGAUAUCCUAUAGAGAACUACACAAUGGAUGCAGAAAUAACAUCAACAAAUUAUCUUCCACCUGUCGUUGAACAAAAAAGGAUUUACUACUGUUGCUACCACUACCAAAAAGGCGUUUUCUUAACUACCUGUCUUCCCCUCAUCAUCCUUCUCUUCUCCUGCCUUACUGUUGUACUUCUUUAUAAUGUCAUUGCUUUGAAAACAGAACUGGCAAACUUGCAGGCUGAGCUGAGAUCAUACAGAAGACUUGACAGAAGUCACCUUUCUUCUACCUUUGUGCUGGAGAACAACCACAAUGGAGCAAACAUUAAGGCACGCAGAACCUGGGGUGAAGAUUUGCAGACAGAGAAAUUUUCAGAUGUCCAAAAAGAAGGCAGUUUACCACAAAACACACGAUCACGAAGGCAUGCGUCGGAUGGAAAAGUUCACCAUUCCUGCUUGCAACUAAUUCCUGACAAAACAAGAAAUACAGAAACUCAAGGUGACAAUACUUUUAUCCCUUGGAUUCUUAGUUUGAAACAAGGAACUUCUAUUGAAGAAAGCCAAAAUAAAAUGUUGAUAAAAGAAAGUGGAUUAUUUUUCAUAUAUGGUCAGGUUUGGUAUAGGGGUUCUGUGUUUACCAUGGGUCAUAUAAUUCAAAGGAAAAAGAUACAUGUAGUGGGGGAUGACCCGAGCUUGGUGACUCUGUUUACAUGCAUACAAAAUAUGCCAGAGUCUAAUCCAAACAAUUCAUGUUUUACAGCAGGAAUUGCAAAAUUGGAUGAAGGUGAUGAGCUUCAACUGAUCAUACUAAGAAACAAUGCGAACAUCUCUUUAGAUGGGCAUGGUACAUUUUUUGGGGCGAUCAAACUCUUCUGAAUGGAGGGGGAGUGCAGGAGAAUACCAUUGGUGUGAUGGAGUAAGGUGAAAACAAGAAAUAAAUGGCCAGUGACCAUGGAUUAUUACAAGAAAUCCAGUACCAGGCUAUACUAUAGACAAGGAUGGCACAUGAUUUAAAUUCAGUAGUACUACAUAAUUCAGUAGUACAAAAGUAAGGAAAAAAUAGGAGAUAUAUACAGUGCCUUGUGCCUCUGUAAUGGAAAAUAUUGGCCAGUUAAAAAAACAACAAAACUUCUAAUUGGCAUAUAAUUAGUCACUAUAGACAUACAUUAAAGGGAGAGUCCAAGGGAAAAAAUAUGUGUAAAAGCUCGGUGAAACUAAAUGAAAACUGAGAUACUUACAUCACCGAUCCCGUGUCAUUCUCAUUCCGAAGAUGCUCAGCUCCCACCCUUCUCUACUUCCUGUUGCUUUGCAACAAUGUGCAGGGGGCAUGUGAGCUCUGCAGCCAAUCACUGGUCACAUCAAAGAUUAAAAUGGGUCACUAUGGGUUACUUUUUGAAACCACUAUAUAUAUAUAUAUAUAUAUAUAUAUAUAUAUAUAUAUAUAUAACCACUUCAAAGAAAAAGAUAUGGUGCUUGUUUGCUCCAAAUAUCUUUAAUCUUUGAGUUGAUUUGCCACUGUUGUUUACCAACUUUGUACAAAUUGUGGAGAGGUAGUCUCUGCACAGUUUCUCCUCAACUUUUAAAAUACUGUAAAGGGCCAUUUACACAUGCCAAAUUAGAAGGCAAUUAUCAGGACAAACCAUUUGUUCCGGAUAAUUGACUGCUUAACAGAGGAGGUGAGAGCUGCAGAUUCUGUGUGGACACUGGUGGCUUUUUGCCGUGGAAUCUCUCUGCCAAAUUCAAGGUCAAAUGAGGCAGCGUGAACAGUUCUUAAAGAGUUUUUAUUACAUUUUUGUUAAAAUGUCUCUAAUACCAUAAUAAUACUUUUUGUAAUAUACUUUAUUCAUGUAUUUUGUAUUAUUAAUACACUUUACCCCACCAAAGCGCACCUUUUCCUGUGGGCUUUAAAUUAACUAUUCUGUACACCGCUGACUUCUCAGCGGUGUAUGGAGUUUACAGUUGCCAGGAUUUAGUAAACCUCUGGGGGGCACGGGCAGGAGCUGCACUGCAGACCCAUUGAUAAACUGUAAACUCCGUACUCCAUACACCACUGAGAGGUCAGCGGUGUGCAGAAAAGUGAAUUUUAAGCUCACAGGGAAAGGUGCACUUUAGGGAGGGAAAAGUCUAUUAAAAAUACUAAGUGCCUUAAAGUAUUUUACAAAAAGUAUUAUUAUGGCAUUAGGGACAUUUUAACAAAAAUGUAAUCAAAAGUUUAAUUACUCUUUAAUAGGGUUGAGCGAACCCAAACUGCAAAGUUCGGGUUCGCACCGAACUUUGUGAGUUUGGGUACCCGGACCCGAACUCUGAC